AUGAUGGGAAUGUGCAUAUUGACUCUGUCAGCAACAAUUCCUGCAUUUAAGCCAGCUGGCUGUGUUGGUUCUAUAUGCCCUUCUGCAACCCCUGGACUGGUGGGAUCAAACCCUGUGUUUCUUCCUUUUGGGGCUGAUCAUUUGAUGAUACUGAUCAAAAGAGAGGGCGCUUUUGUAUCAAGUAGUUUAAUCGUGUGGAUUCAAGACAAUGCUGGCUGGGGACUAGGCACUCCUCUGUAUAGAUGUCAGAAACCAGGGGGAAGCCCUCUUACUAGAAUGUGCCAAGUUUUGGUUGCAUCAUUCCACAAAUGGAAUAUAGAAGUCCCUGAAGACAGUAGUCUCCUCUAUGAAACACACACCUCAGCAAUCGAAGGAAGCAGGAAACUGGACCACACUGAUGAACUGAAGUAA